AUGAAUGACGGCAGGACAAAGACGAUGCUUGUCCGACGAGAGAACCUGACAACGAUGACACUACAGCGGGGUAGGGAGCUGUCAGGAUCGCACUUAUCACCAGCGACGGCGUUCAACAUCCCGUCAAGGGCGCCUCUCGUUGUCCCUGUCUAUGGCGACGAGCAGCAGCUGACCAUGACGGACCAUGUUCGCUGCCAUUGUGCACCUAGUCCCGACGUGUCAUAUACCGGAUCAGUACACGAAUACAUCGCGCCGUCCCCGCUGCCUGCCCUUGGUAAACCAUGCCAUCGUCACUCCCCGCUGCCGUCUCAAACAGAGAACGAUGCCCCGACAGCAGUACAUCCGUUGUUAAGGUAUACCCGUGGAGAAAUGAUGAUGGAGCUUGACUUUGCUCAGAGUCUGUCGGGCGUACGCGUUCAUGGUCAUGAGGGCUGCGUAAACGAGGCAGCAACUAAUCUGCCUCUUCCGUCCCUGGCCAUCGCGCACUCCAUGCUUCCGUAG